AUGAAAUCGACUUCGAUGAAUUCCUCGGACAUGAAAGACAUGGCGAAAGCCGGGUCCGAACAAAUUGAACAUGCCAGCGUGCACGAUGCACCAUCCUUCUCUCUUGAGGAAGAGAGAGCACUGAUCCGGAAAAUAGACCUCACUCUACUUCCUACGAUUUGGAUCAUGUAUCUUCUUUCCUACAUGGAUCGCACGAAUAUUGGCAACGCAAAGAUUUCAGGAAUGGAAACAGACCUCAAUCUUACCUCAAAUCAAUAUUCCACGGCAUUGGUGGUAUUCUUUGUUGGAUAUGUGGUGUUUGAAGUCCCGAGCAACCUUGUCUUAAGUCGCUCCCGUCCAUCGAUAUUCCUCCCAGCAAUAAUGGUGAUUUGGGGGGCACUGACCUGUGUGAUGGCAGCGGUCAAGGAUAUCAAGCAUCUUGUUGCCCUUCGGGUGAUGAUCGGGUGUGUUGAAGCAGGGUUUGCACCUGGUGUGUUGUUAGUACUCUCAUCGUGGUAUAAGCGUACAGAACAGUCCAAAAGAUUUGGGGUGUAUAUCUCUGCGGCGAUAUUAUCUGGUGCGUUUGGUGGGAUUUUGGCUGCCGUCAUUGUCGACAAUCUCGAGGGAGUCCAUGGAAUACGUGGAUGGCGAUGGCUGUUUAUUGUGGAGGGCGCUGCGACCAUAGGUGUCGCGUUGAUAUCUUUGUUCAUCCUGCCUGACUUUCCAGCCACCUCAAGGCGACUUUCGGCGCGUGAGAGGGAGAUCGCAGUGACUCGUUUAGCCACUGAGAACGUUACAGCGAUCACAGAAGACAGCGAGCGAUUGACGCACUGGCAGGCCAUUGUGGUGUCGGUGAAGGACUGGCGUACUUGGGCAUUUACAAUAGGUUACAUGGUGAGCUUCGCUUUAUUCCUAUCCGUUCCUGGUUUCUCAUUUGCUGACUACGAUUAUCAAAAGGUUAUCGUCGGAUCUAGUACUCUUUCAUACUUUUAUCCUACGUUAGUCAAGGGACUUUUUGGACAUGCGUCAACGGAGAAAGUCAAUUUUCUGACCGUCCCAAUCUACGGAGUGGCAUUCGUAUGUACCGGAGUUACUGCUUAUUUCAGUGACAAGAUUCCGACAUGGCGUGGAAUGGUCAUUGCAGUCUGGCUGGCCUUUUCGUUGGCUUGUUCAAUGACAGUUUGUGCUGUUUAUAACUUCACAGCUCGAUAUGUCCUUUUGGUACUAAUGGCCGCGGGACUCUGGGCCACAAACGGAGGUACCUUGGCAUACGCCUCUUCUGCCUUUGCUGGAAUGAACCCAGAGGCCCGGGGUGUUAGCCUGGCUUUGGUCAACGCCUUAGGAAAUCUGGCACAGAUUUAUGGGUCGUAUCUCUUUCCUGAUAGCGAUGGUCCAAAGUAUCUCAUGGGAUUCGCCGUAAUCUCCGCCAUGCUAGCAUUAGGGGUUGUCGUUUUCAGUUCGCUGCAUAUUUGGUUUCGUCGCCAGACUCGUCGUUUCAAUGCCUUGUUUUCCGCGCAACGCCAUGUUGAAUUCAGUCACGCUUCGGAGAUCUGA